AAAUUUUCUAUCGCUCUCACGUUCCCUUUUGAUUUCGAGUGGAUCGCUUUGCUCUGUUUUCGGUUAACUGAAGAAGGAACAGAACAGAAGCCCUGUUGAAUUGAUUCCCCAAAUUAUUUUUUUAUUAAAUUAAAAUUAUUUUCAAAGAUAGUUUCAAUGAUUCAGCCAAACCUACCGUCGGCGCUCCAAAUCGUAUCCACUUUCGUCCGUCGCAACCCCGGCCACCGUCCGUUGCUCCACCGCGCGGUAGCCGCUGUUCCGCGUCUGCCACCGUGGAGUUUGACGGUGAGGGUGAGAUCUUUCUCCACCAACGAAAGCGAGAUAGCCGAUGCUGCCGCGGCCAUGGAGGAGGUGUGUAACAAGCCAUCGGUGUGCACCGCCGAUGAGCUCCAUUACGUCUCCGUCCCCAAUACCAACUGGAGGCUCGCUCUCUGGCGCCACUUUCCUUCUCCUCAGAUUCUGUUGCUCCACCGCGGGGUAGCCGCUGUUCGGCGUCUGCCACCGCGGAGUUUGACGGUGAGGGUGAGAUCUUUCUCCACCAACGAAAGCGAGAUUCCCGAUGCUGCCGCGGCAGGGGAGAAGGUGGGUAACAAGCCAUCGGUCUGCACCGCCGAUGAGCUCCAUUACGUCUCCGUCCCCAAUACCAACUGGAGGCUCGCUCUCUGGCGCUACUUUCCUUCUCCUGAGGCUCCUCCAAGGAAUCAUCCGCUGUUGCUAUUGUCUGGAGUGGGAACUAAUGCCAUUGAAUACGAUCUCUCUCCAUUGUCUUCAUUUGCACGUUACAUGUGUGGUCAAGGAUUUGACACAUGGAUUCUUGAAGUUCGGGGGUCUGGAUUGAGCAUGCAGAAACCAACUUUAGAAGGAAUUGAGCAGUCUGCCCAAGAAUUAUCUGAUCAGAUGAAAGCUUCUGCUCAGACUGCAACUGAUAAAGGUUUUCGUGCAGACCAGCGUUCAAGGAAUAACAUCUCUAGUACUUUGGUAGAUGCUGAUAUAUCCCUUGUCAAAGAAGACCAGCCCAGGGGGAUGGGAACAGCAUUGGAUGAGUCCAUUGGAGUGACAAAGUUGACGGGAACUUUUAUGCAUCUGUCAGAAAGACUCUCUGGUUUUCUAAGUGAAGGCCAGUCACAAAUUAUGUCUGCCAGAUUUUUUGAUCAAAUAUCACGACUUUUGGAGGAUUCUUUUCUUUAUGAACGUUUUAACGAGCUGUUUAAUCUGCAAGAGCUUUUUUCCACAACAAUCGAUGAUCUCCAGAAGCAACUUGACGUGAUUGUGAAGUAUGAUUGGGACUUUGAUCAUUACUUGGAAGAGGACGUCCCUGCUGCGAUGGAGUAUGUAAGGGCCCAAACCAAACCAAGGGAUGGUAAAUUGCUGGCAGUUGGACACUCCAUGGGAGGUUUUAAAGGAAGAGAACCUGGGUUGGCAGCUAUUGGUACUUUGGCGUCGUCACUAGACUAUACAUCUUCAAAAUCAGUGCUCAAACUUUUCCUUCCCCUGGCUGAUCCUGCACAGGCUCUCAAUGUUCCUGUUCCUUUAGGGGCAUUUCUGUCAGCUGUUUAUCCUCUUUCAUCUCGACUUCCUUAUGUCUCAUCUUGGCUUAAUCUGAUAUCUGCAGAGGACAUGAUGCAUCCGGAGUUGUUAAGAAAGCUUGUCAUGAACGGCUUUUGUACAAUCCCCACAGAAUUACUCCUGCAGCUGACAACGGCGUUUCGGAAAGGUGGGCUCCAGAAUAGGAGUGGCAUGUUUUUCUACAAAGAUCAUCUACAUAAAAGCACAGUUCCCGUCUUAGCCCUUGCUGGAGAUGAGGACCUAAUAUGCCCUCCAGAAGCUGUCUAUGAAACCGUAAAGCUCAUCCCCGAGCACUUGGUUACGUACAAAGUAUAUGGAGAAUCUGAGGGUCCACACUAUGCUCAUUAUGACUUGGUGGCAGCACGGCUGGCUGGAGAUCAAGUAUAUCCACGAAUAGUACAAUUUCUUAGCUCUUAUGACUGACACCCAACCAAACAAAGAUUUGUUGGGGCUCCCGUGCCUAGUCUAUAGAAGGAAUGAGGGCGCACAUGUGAAUUUCAUGGCUCUAGGAUCAAAUAUACAAGAGGGGGGAUGAUGUAGUUCAUUGUGUGGCUCAUGUUGUUGUUUUUGUAUACCAACCUAUCUGUCCAUGCCACUGUUUUUAAUUCAUUGUGUUCUGUCCAUGCCACUGUUUUUAAUUCAUUGUGUGGUUCAUGUUGUUGUUUUUGUAUACGAAGCUAUCUGUCCAUUCCACUAUUUUUAAUUCAUUGUGUGGUUCAUGUUGUUGUUUUUGUAUACGACACUAUCUGUCCAUGCCACUGUUUUUAAUCUUAUUAACUUUAUUUUUUUUUAUU